ACCUUAACUAUUCACAGUUAAUGGCUGCUUCGUUUGAGCAUUGACACCAAAACACAACAAUGUGAGUACAAAACUCAAAAUUACAUCCUAGGAAGAGUGAGCAAUUUUCAAAUAUUGUUCUAUUUUGCUUCGUCAACUGACAUGCCUGGAACAAAGUCUGGCUUUGACUUCUUCAUGGACUGAAGCAUGCAGAGCUCAGACAGCUCUCUGCCAUCCAGCCCAGCUCUCUCUGAUGACUGCGAGAACAUCACUUCUCAAGAAUAUAAUAAUGUCAUUGCCCGUAGUCGUUGGAGGAUUCUAGCCCAAGCAUUACAUAAAAAUGGUUCUCCUUCUACAAUGCCAAGUUCCAUUCGUAGAUUUCAAAGUUAUGGACUUGUCACUGCUUUACCUCUUCAAAAUAUUAGUGAAGAUGGUGCCAUGUGGUAUGAAUACUCUGCCACUGUUGGCCAAGACAUGUUCUCUGUUCUUGUCCGUCACCCUCAACGCAAUAUCACAGCAUAUGAUCUCAUGGGGUUUAACAACACUGGGAAUAUUUGUGUGUGGCCAUCAGAGGAGGUACUUGCAUAUUAUGGUCUCUGUAAUAAACAACUUUUUAGUUGUAAGUCAAUACUUGAAGUUGGAGGGGGUAUGAGUUGUUUGGCAGGUCUUAUGAUUGGAAAGUACACAUCAGCAUCAAAAGUUCUUCUUACUGAUGGAAAUAUAUUUUCAAUGGAAAAUGUUGGCUGUAUUUUAGAGAAGAAUGGCUUUGGGAAGUCUACUCGAAUUACAUCAUCUGUACUUCAAUGGGGGAAGCAGCCCACAUUAAACAUCAUCAACCAAUCUGUUGAAUUACCAACUUCCCGAUAUGAUAUUAUUUUGUGUGCUGAUUGUUUAUUUUUUGAUGAUGUUCGUCAAGACUUGGUUCAGACUAUUUUUAAUUUCAUGGCUGAUGAUGGUAUAGCUCUAGUCACUGCACCCAGGAGAGCUGGAACUCUGGAAAAGUUCUGUGAGGAGGCAAGCAAUGCUGGUUUUAUUUGGAGCUUAAAAGAAGUUUACAAUGAGCAUAUUUGGGAUAGACAUCUUCAGCUGAAAGCAAACAAUGAAAGCUAUGAUGAGAAUAUACACUACCCUCUUCUUUUGCAACUCCAAAAAGCAUCUGUUUGUCUUUAAAAUUUAGAUGAAGUCAGAAUUUUUAAUUAAUGUAUUUGUUGGAAACUUAAAUAGCGUAGUUACCGGUAGUUUGUGAGUCUGGUCUGCUCUUGACGUUUUUGUAGCCAAGAAAGUGCGUGUGGUUUCAUAUCUUGAUACAGCAGUUUAAACUUACUUGCAACAGCUAAAGAAAUGUCGGGUAACAGGGAAUUUUCUGUUUAAGUCUUAAGAAGCAUCUUGCGUAUCUAGUCAUUGUACCAAAACAAAUGAUAUUUAUUAUACUCUUAAGAUUUUGGGAAACCGAGCACAUGUAAGACUGUCUCAUAUCCUUUGUAUAGCAUGAUAUAGUAUUGUGACAAUUGACUAAUCAUGGUGCCAAAAAUUAUAUUUAUUCUAGUUGUUUUAUCUAGUCCAUUUUGUUCAUCUGUUAAUCAACUAACAUCAAUUAACGAAGCUUAAAUCCCUUAAAUGCCCUCAAUUUUAUGUACAAUUAAGGCUGAUGUUUUCUUGUAUGUACAAAUAUUGAGUUACACAAACUUUUCAAAAGAAUAAUCUUAGUCUAACUAUCUUCAAAUUUUAUUUUUGAUUUGUAACACUCAAGUUAAAUUUUUUUUGUGUCGACCUCAACUCAAGACUCAAAUUAAUUUGUAAGAAGAUUUUUUUUCUCAUUCAUUUAAGUCAUACCCGGAUGUAACAAUGUUCCUCAGGAAAGCAAAAUCGUGAUGUUAUAAGCAGGAAAUGCUCUAAGCAUAUUUCGAUAUGAAAUUAUUAUUUUCUAUCACAACACUAAUCCUGGGUAAUGCUAAAUCCAUUUUUGACUGUAGUUCUCAUGCGUAAUUCUAACUGUUCAUUAUUUUCCUGGUUAAUAUGGGACUUUAGCUGGUAUAUAUACUGCAUAAUCCAUCCAUGACAUGUGAUGUAAGAGUUUUAUAUGGAGACAUAGUUCCUUGCAUAGGUUCAAUGUGACUUUAGUAUCAUCUGUGAUGUAAAAGCCUUUGACAUGAGAAAAAUUGUAAAAGCUAUUUUAUGAAUCUUUAAUAUUUGUGAUGUGUUUGAAUCAUAACUUGAUUGAUUAAUUUAUUGAUUGAUUCCAACUGAACUUGUUGUUUGUGAACUAUACCACUUAUUUGUUUGUUGUUUUUAUUUCAAUAAAUGUUUGAAAAUUGCUCUA